AAUCUGGCAACUAAACAAAUCAAAUUUGUUCAGUUUAAAAAUAAGUUCUUGUUUUCGUGUGAAUUUAGUUAUAAGCCGCUUAUUAUCUUAUAUAGAGUGUUGUUGAUAGUAUAAUUACAUUAUAUUUUAAUGUAUCUAUUUUCUAUUAAUAUUUAAUUUUUUUUCAAAGAUGCUUUGCAAAAUUGAAUCAUUUUAAAUAAAAUUCAAUGGCCAGUGAUUUGGAUAACUAUCAGACUUUAAUUGAAGCCACAAACUGUAGAGACUCCAAAGAAGUGUUGAGACUUUUAAAUGAAAAUAUUUUUUCUGUAAAGGAUGGUAGAAUUUUCAGAUUUUUAUGUGAUUCUGAAAAUGAAGCAAAUUGUCUUCAGGAAUGUCAUUGUUCUAAAAAGGAAAGGGACAUAAUCUACAUGUUAAUUGACUCUGGUUUUAACAUAGAAGAAUUAGAUGAGAAAGGUAACACGUGUCUGUUUUACGCUGUGAAAAAUAACCAUUCCCUUUUGUGUGAUGUUCUAUUGCAAUGUGGUGCAAACAUGUGGGCCAACACAGAAUUUAAUAUUUCCAUUCUUGAUUAUGUACUACAAACAUCUUCAACUAACAUUAAAGAUAUUUUUGAUAAAUUUUAUCCUGGUGUUUGGAAAGCUGUUGAGUGGGAAAACAUUUAUCAAGUUAGAAAAUUAGUCAAUUUAUGGUGCAGAACUGAUCUCUAUCAAGAUGGUGUUUCAUUAAAAAAUAUAGCUCUGAAAACUGGCCAUGAAGAAAUCAUUUCCUUGAUUCUGGGAAUUUUUGAAACAAUGAAAAUAAUUCAUCAUAUACUUGCCCAGAAUAUUAAAGCUGUCAGUGAACUAUUGGAAAAAUGCCAUAACAAAAUUCGGCUUGAUCUUCGAAAAAUGAGUGAUAGAGGGGCACCUAUUCUUUAUUACCUCAUCAAGUCUGGAGAUGUGGGUGCUAUUGAGCUUUUCAUAAAAUAUGGGUGCCAUCUUUAUACUAUCAUGCAGGAUGACAUAGGUUUUGAUAUGCCAGUCCUGUUUUCAGCCUUAAAGCCGAGGAUAUCUCCGGAGGUUAUAAGAGCUCUUCUUCCGCCAGAUAAACCCUAUCAGGAAGAAAUGUUGUUCAAAAUCCUGUACAGGGGUAAAACCGUUCUAGAAAUUGCAUUGAUGGAAAAGGUUGGGGAUGAAGUGUUCAAAAUACUCAUUGAUAGAGGAGGACCUCUGCUACUUUGUGAAAGGAAUCAGAUGAAUCAAACUAUUCGUGACUUGGCUUUACUCUUUGGUGAUACAAGAAUCCUUGAUGCCAUUGAUGAGGUUGUUAUGUGUUGGAUUGUAGAGCCCGAAAGAUACCAUGAAAGAAGAAAAAAACUGGCCUUGUAUGGUUGGGACUUAGAGACUGUUAAAGAUCGUUGUUUGGAAAAAAGCACCGAAGACUACUUUGGCUACGUCAAAAAUCUUCAGAGUGGGAUUAAGGCUCUCUCCAUAGCAGUUGAAGCUGGUGAUGUAGAGAAGUACUUGCAACUCAAAAACACUUUAUCUGCUUUGGAUGCGCCUGAACUGUUUCUUUGGCAAGCUAAAGUGGUGGGAGAUGGAAUGCCCCUUCUUCACAAAGCUGUUCUGCAUAACAGAUUUGAAAUAGUAACAGAUAUUUUACUAGAAAAACCAUGCGCUGAGUCUAUUGAUAAUUUAUUCGAUCAGAAUCGUCGCACUGCCUUGCAUUAUGCUUAUGCUAAUUCAGAGUUGAGAGAUAUCAGAGCCUUACUCAUGACUUAUGGAUGCUCUGAGCAUGUUCUGGAUAAAGCUUAUAAGGAGCCUCUCGACUUCAGAGAAAAGCAAGAUACUCAACCUAUGCUAGAACUAUUAGACAGAUUAAAAUUAAAGACAUAUUUAAACCCUGAAUGUGAUCCGUGGAGUUUUGAAAUAAGAAAUGACGAUGAUCAUCCAUCCAUCACAUCAUCCCGCUGCUCUGAGAGAGAAGAUGAUGAUGCUUCAGAGAGUGAAGAGGAGGACACAGUCUCUGAAGAGGAGGAAGAAACUACUCGUUCGUUUUGCUUAAUAAGCUAGUCUGUGAUUUACUUUAAUUAAAUAGCAUCGCAAAUAUUUCUUUAAAAAA